AUGCCUCAUCUAGUAUGCUCAUAUGUGGCAACCUCCUUGUUCACAACAUCCGUUGUCACCAUUUUUAAUGUGAUCUGCUCCGCAACCUCGAAAGCCUCGCCCGAUAUUGCCUCGACUAUCUUGAGUGCAGUGGGCAUGGUGGCUUUGGUUACCCUCGGUCUGGUGCACCGCCAAAACAUACAAACCGGUCGUCGACGAUUGAUCUGCUCCGCCGGCGGAUAUCUAGUCCUUGCUGCUGCUGCAUCUGCCGGAUUAAUCUCUCAGAGUCCUCACACCUCGAUAUUUAUUGUUCGGUCUGUGUUCUGGGCACUAUCAGUAUUCAUGCAAGGCAUCUGCUUCGGGUUCUUUGCCCCCGAAGUUGGCCAAGAGAAACCCAAUCCUGAAUGGCCGUGUGCCUACUCCCAAGAGCUCAAGGAUAUCCCGGAAACCCCAAAUUUUCUCCCAUCGCCCCCUCAUGUAUGUGAUUUAUCUGAUCUAUUCGAGCCUAAACGAUCCUCACUCCGCAAAUUCCCCCGACGGUCCAGCCGCUGCUCAGACUCAACACUCUGUCAUUCAAGUACGAAGGAAGGGAAAAACGCCCCCAUCGACACAAGUUCCGCUACCCACAGCUCACCGAGCCCAUCCCCAACGCAGGAUAAAAUGCCAGGUACCUUUCCAAACGGGGACACUCACCCCCUCCAAGGUACCCACGGCAUCAGCAGCAUAGCCAGCAUACGCCGCGACCCACCACCCGAACUCUCAUUAGAUAUGAUUGCACACCCAUCGGUGCCCUCACCCACAGCAUCCACAGUUCGCGUCAAGUCUCCAGCACAGUCUGGCUUCAACAGCUCAACGUGGGAAAACAAUCGAUCUGGCGAAGACAACAUCCAUCCUCUGUUCCGGUCAACAAGCCAAUGUCCAUCUCCAACCCAUGCGCCAGGGAUGAUGGUCAAAGCCUCUCCGAUUGCGGGGCAGACUCUCACGACGGGGACAAUCACCCGCACGAAAUCUGCCCGCUCCCUCCGCGACCAGGCGAUACAGACGCCCUCCCCGCUACCAGAGUCGGAGGAGACACUCGGCCCAAGAAUGACUCCUACUCGUGGUAGUUUUGUACAACCUUCUGAGAACAAGCUUGAGAAUGAAUCCCCUGACGAAAAGUGA